AUGCUGGAGAGGCGUGCGCUGAUGAAUGCAAACGUACACAUCCAGGCGGAUUUGUGUUGCAGGCGGUCAGAUCUCGGUCGGUGUGUAAUUCAAUGUUUUGUGACACCGAAACGAUUGUGCAGUACACGCUCACGUUCUAACACAACCAGUGGCACGAGGGACAUAAGAAUUACUGCAGGUGAUGAUACUGCAAACGCUUCUGCAACUUUGGGGAUCCAACGCGGAGACAAGGAUGCUGCUACCAGGGAAAGCUACGAUGCGAGGGUCCAGUACAGCCACCACCAAGGCGCGGACAAGAGGGUUAUGUCGAGGAAGGAGAGUUCCACGGCGUUUGGUGUUAAUGGUACUGCAAAGGCUACCUCCCGUGUUAGCUAUAGUUUGGAUAGAAACCACAUGGGAAAUAAAUUUCUGCGCAAGCUCACGGAUCUGGAAACGGCUGGCUUAAGUCGACCGUCAGCCACGUCACAAGUAGCACGACGCCACAACCGUGCUGCGGAGCAAAAAGUUCUAGGUGAAAGAAAGAAGAUGCUUGUUUUCCGCGAUGUUGGUAUGGAUCUAGACAAACCGAUACUGUCAAGGGAUGUUUUCCUCGUCCUCAAGUAUUUUAGGUAUGGUAUUGAAUACGCGGUUGACAAUGAGCUGGAGCGGAUGCUACGUUACUUUAACGAACAUGCCCUUAAUGAGUUGAAGAUAAUCCAGAACAGUAAACUUAUGAGGGGCCCUGCUGCCCUUAGCCAAAAGAAGGUCCGCACUGUGUGUGAAUCUUUGGGGUUCGAUACAGUACCCUUCUUUCCAACCCUAAAAGCGGCAAGGGUAAGUCAAUACUGUUCCCUCAAUGAAGAGGCAGAGAAGAGGCUGUGUAUCUUGAUGAAGCAAAAGACGUUUUUCAACAACACUGCUGAACUUACAGAGGAAUCACUUGGCAAGCUAUAUUUGAAUCGUUCUUUUGAUGAAACGGACACUCAACAACUUACUGAGAUCUCUAGGGUGAUGUUUCGGCGACCUGCUGUAGUUAUUUAUUCACAAUUGGGUCAGAAACUAGGCGCACAGGCCGAUUUGGAGUGGCGGCGUCUUGCAUAUUCGGUGUUGAACCCCAAACUUCUCUCUUAUCUUCCGAAAGAAAAUGCAAAAGGUGAGGGACAUGUAAACUCAGAAGAGGCCCAACAUGGAAGGGGGUUGAGACGUUGCCGAAAUGAAACCUUAGCAUGCCCCGUUGACCGUAACAUGCCAAUUAGUGUGCUUUCACUUCGGAGCAUGGAUGUCUACAAGUAUCGAUGGGUGCACAAACUUUAUGUGCGGCGGUUUGCAGGAUCCUUGUUUCCCACGGCGACAGGUGCUGAAAGCUCUGACGAUAGGUCCCUUCUCAAUGGAUUCAUAACCUCGUCGUCCACGUUUGUUGGAAGUAAGUUGCUUGUACCGUUUUACAAAUCGGUGGGCCUACGCAAUUACCUUUCGCCCCAUGUGAUACUUGUAGACCACGAGGGUGUUAUUCGGUGGGUGAGCGGAGGUUGUCCUGACGACUACGAGAAGGAGAGUUUCCCAACUCUCCUGAGGCAACUCGAGGACGAGUACCGCCUCGCGGCCAGGUAG